AAGUGAAGAUCCAACCACGACAACAACACCACCUCCAAUCCACGCCUUCACGUCCGCCAAUUGCGCUUCCUGUCGCUUCACGAUUGCCGAGCCGCCCAUUUCGCAUUUUGACGACGACAUUGCCAUCACGGCGUCCUGCUGCAUGUCACGGCCAACCACGACCUCCCACUUCUUCAUGUGCUCGACACAAAGACCGCAUCUUAUCCAGCACCUCCUUUGAGCGCAGAGUCGCGACGAGUACAAGCCUGACUUGACAAUGGCAAGCGCUGCAGCGCCGCAGACGCCUCAGCGAGCCAUCCCAGGCACGUUUGCUGCGACACCAGCAGCAGCACAAGCACCACCGCCGCAGCCGAUCCUAGGCUCUACCAUCUUUGCUGCAAAUGCCGCCACUCUACGACAGAACAUACAACCGCCCGCGUCAAGCGAUGCGCCGGCGCAACAGACCAGUACACAAACGCGAACGCCGAUCCAGCGGGCUGCGCAAACCAUAAAUAACACAUUGGAACGGGAACAACAGUUCCCAGCGCUCGAGGAGUAUGUGCAGCAAGGGGUCAGUGGAGAGUAUGAGCAGCCAAAGGCAGGUUCCGCAUUGGAGCCGUUCCAAAAGAUGAAGCUACACGAUCUUCCCCCACGGCUGUUGGAGCAGGCGAAUCGAAGCCAAAUGUCUAUGCUCAUGGGCGUUUUCGCGCCUAUUGGCUACGCAUGGGUGGCAUUUGACACCUUUCUGUAUCUUUGGGACUAUAACUCACCCAAUCCGGAGAUUCUCGGGUUUGAAGAGAAUGAUCGCAACAUCACAGCGGUGAAGAUGGUUCCUCCAAAGCCAGGCGUCUUCAUCGAGGACAUCAAGCAGAUGAUUGUGGUCUGCACAGACUCAGAUAUGUUGCUGCUUGGCGUCGCCAAAUCAGAGACACCCACAGGCGCUACGGAUGUUGCUCUAUACAACACACGGAUGAGCAUACCGAUCAGAGGUCUUUCUGUCAACCUGGUGAGGGCUACGCGAAAUGGGCGCAUUUUCUUCUCUGGCAAGAAUUCGGAUGACCUCUAUGAGUUCUACUAUCAGCAAGAAGAGGGGUGGUUCAGAGGGAAAACACAUCGAUUGUGCCACUCCAAGAGCAACAUUGGCUUCGUGCCCGCGAAGAUCACAGCUGUUGGCUCUUUCUUCGGGCCCAGCGUAUCGGCGAAGACGAUCAAGGAAAUCGUCAUUGAUGACUCUCGUGCUCUGCUCUAUACCCUCCUCAACACCAGUGAGAUCAAAGUGUGGCUGAUCCGCGACAAUUCACUCGAAUUGGCCAUCUCGAGACCCUUUUCCGCGCUGCUUCAAAACACUGGACACUUCAGUAGUCGGACUGAGCUGCUCACCGGAAAGGACGUCGACGUAAUGGCCAUAAGCGUGCUGCCCAAGGAGGAGACCUCUAAGCUGUGCCUGAUGGCGACCACCUCGACUGGCUGCAGACUCUACUUAUCUCUCACCAGAGGCUAUGGAUAUCCAGCAGACGCCACGAACCCUCCAACAAGCAUGCAGAUUCUCCAUAUCCGCUUCCCUCCUCGCGACCCAGCAGGACAACAGCCAUCCACGCAAACAAGCCAAUCACAAGCGCUGGCACCUCUGGGCCAAGCAAGCAAUCAGGUCGAUAACACCUCCAAGUUGCUUGCUAAAACGGUCGUGGCGUUCCGCUUCUCUCCUGGGUACUGGUUUGCGUUCCAAGAGGAUCCGGUAGACGUCAACAGAGAUCGCUUGUACAUCACUGCGCCAGACUCUGCACGUCUCAAGGGGCCUCAGGGUACUGGACCAACCACUUACGUCGAGUAUGGCCAAUGGAUUGAAUUGCCAUCGAUAGUGAGUCGCGUCGAGGAGCUCAGCGAGGCGUUUGCUGCUGCAUACGAGCCCAGAGGCUUUGGCAAUGAGCUGGCUGUACAGUUCGACAAGCCAGCGUCCGAGUUCGCGAUCGUCACAAACACUGGAAUUCAGACCAUCCGAAGGAAGCGUCUCGUCGACAUCUUCGCUGCAGUAAUGAGGUAUGGCGCAUCUGGCGACGAUGGCAUGGAGGGCGAUGUGAAACGAUUCGUACGCACAUACGGCAGAACAGAGACGUGCGCUACAGCACUUGCAGUGGCAUGCGGCAAGGGAAUCGAUGUUGCAGACAACCGGGUGGCAAGUAUCUCAGACCCCGACGUGCUCGAGCGAGCACGAAAAGUCUUUAUCGAGCACGGCGGUUCACCAGACUUCAACGCCAACAGCGUCGUGGAUGCAGGCGCAAAUUUAGCAGAGAGCGUGACACCCAGUCCGCGACAUGAUGGCAUUGCGCUCUACCUUUCACGACUGAUCCGCGCGAUAUGGAAGGCCAAGGUCAUUGAGAACAAUCCCACACCAGGACUGAGUGGCACGAACUUUAUCCCGAAAAUCAAGCUCGACAGACUCAAGGCGAUACAGCGGGAUUUGACCACACUGCGGGAAUUUCUUGACAGGAAUCGCAGCUUCAUUGAGGGCUUGGCAGGUCCAGACUCACUGCGAAACGCGAAAACACGACAAGACGAGAUUGCACUCCAGGGUGAACACCAGUAUAUGAACAGUCUGGUCCGGCUCCUCGAGACGAUCAGCGAAGGCAUCAGCUUCGUUGUGGUUCUCUUCGAUGAGCGCGUCGACGAUAUCCUGGCUCUACUCCCCGACGAGAGCAGACAGAAAGCACUUGAGCUUACAUUCGAGACGCUCUUCGUUUCGAGUAUCGGACACGAUCUCGGGAAGGAACUGGUCAGGGCCAUCGUCAAUCGCAACAUUGCCAAUGGUAGCAACGUGGACACUGUCGCGGAGACACUUCGACGGAGAUGUGGGAGCUUUUGUAGUGCAGAUGAUGUUGUCAUCUUCAAGGCUCAGGAGCAAGUCAACCGCGCUAAAGACGCUGGCGGGCAGACGGAGCAAGGCCGCGCAUUGCUCAACGAAAGCCAGCGGCUCUUCCAGAAGUGCGCGGCCAGCCUGCAGCACGAGUAUCUCCAGAGGGCGGUCGAGGACUACGUUGGCAUGGCUUUCUACGCUGGCGCCAUUCAACUGUGCUUGAUCGUGGCCAACGAGAAAGACAAAUCAAAGCGAGCGUUGGCGUGGCUACGAGACGGCCGGCCAAGCGAAGAUACUCGCUUUGCCGCCUACGAGUCACGCUCGAAGUGCUACAAGUUGGUGUUCUCCAUCAUCCGGCAUCUCGACGAUGCGACGUCGAGCUUUACAGACGAGACUGAUGGCAAGUACAAACUAGCGAUGAAGCGUCGCAACGAAGCCUAUGAUGUUAUCAACAGCUCUGAUGACAUUGUGUUUCUGACGGACUUGUACGACUGGUAUGUUGGCGUUCAGGCAUUUGACGAUGUGCAGCCACUCGCUCAGCCAGACCGAAUUCUGGAGAUCGACAAUCCAUACGUGGUCGAAUACCUGCGCAAGCGCAGCCAAGACCACAGACUACACAACGACCUCCUCUGGCGGUACUUCGCCCAUCACAAUGACUACCUUCAAGCAGCCGGUGUUCAGCUCGACCUGGCACGCUCCGGAUUCGAAGAGCUCACAUUGUCCGAUCGCAUCGAGUAUCUGUCUCGUGCGCGUACAAAUGCGAGCACGCGCCAAACGAUCAUUACAGACUCACGACAGAGUAAGCAACGCCUGCUUCGUGAAGUCUCCGACCUUCUUGACAUUGCCGAAGUUCAACAAGAACUUCUCGAGCGAUUGAAGUCAGAGACUAGGCUCCAAGACCCGGAACAAAAAGCCACAAUCAUACACGACCUCAAUGGCCAAAUCCACCCAGUCGAGUACCUCUUCAACAGCUACGCCGAUGCCGCGAAGUACCACGACAUCUGCAUUCUGCUGUACAAAGUAGCAGAUCACCGAAACCUGGCAGAUAUCAAGGCAAGCUGGGAACAACUCGUCAAGGAUUCGUCAUCUGAAGCAAUUGCUCUCUAUGGCCAAUCGAUGAGACCAUGGGAAGCCGUUGGCAAGGAAGUUCGCCGACUGGGCCACCGUCUUGGUCUGAACCCUUCGACUUUCCCCAUCGGUACACUUCUGCCGCUCCUCGAAGCUUACGCCUACGAACCUCGAGCACAACAUCCUCCAGAGAGUUGGGCAAUCGACAUGUUCCUUGAUCUAGAAGUACCAUGCGAAACGCUCCUGCCAGUACUGGAGAGCAUGUUCUACUCAAACAUGCAACCUUUCGUAGGAGCCAAGAAGAGAAAGCUCGCGGAGAAGAUGGUAUACGUGAUUCGGAGAUGGUAUGAGGAGAGCGAGAGAUCUGGUGAGCGUGCGUUGUUCGGUUCGGAAGAGAAUUUGAACAUGGUGCAGGAUUGUCUGGGUAGCUUGGGCCGUGACGCGAGUUUGGGACAAGAGGUGCGAGAUGCUGCUUUGGCAAUGUCCGGGCAGAUUUCGAAUGCUUUGCGAUAGAAAAGUUGGCAGACUUUUGCACGUCGAACUCAAACAGGGGGUCAAGAGAGGGGACAAAUGUGUAUGUGUACGAUUCGGUCGAUUAGCGCGGCGCUGUUUCGCAUUUGCAUACCAAAGGUGCUUUGAAGUUCUUUGAUUGUUUAUUAUUGCUGCAACUUGGCGCUCUUGCUGUCAUCGAACUGACGAUGACCAGAAAGGCAUCCAACACCCCUCAGGGACAUUUCAAGAUCAACAAUUCAGGCAUAGCAAUAACUUACCGUGGUCUUUCGCCGUUGC